GCCGGCGGCGCGAGAGGAAAGCCCGGGCCGGCCUCGGCGGGUGCCUUACAAAUUUCCUAAUGAGAACUUGUCUUCCCCGUCGCGUCGCUUCUGGAGGACUCCCAGUCGCCUUCGCCGUGGCUGGCGUUCAACUACCUGUCGCUUCCUCCCGUUUGAAAGUCGUUCUGCAAAAGCUCGUUUCGGACGAGGAGAGCGCGGCAGCUGCAGGAAGAAGUUGAGGCGGCGGCGGUGCCAGGCGCGGGCUCCGAACCCGUAUGGUGGAAACGGCUGUGAGAUCUUCUUACAAGCCGUUCAGCCUCGAGCCUGCGCUGGGAGAGCUGGGCGUCGCUGCCUUUGCUGGAGCGUGAACCUGUAACUCGUGCUCUGCUGCUGGAGGGGGGAACAAAUUCACGCUGGGAGGUCCAAAACCCGUUCCUUCUCUUGCUCCCCUUAGAAGGUAAUGAACAAAGGCCGCAGCUAACAUUUGCUGUGUAUUGUUUUCAAACCUUCCAUCCACGUAAAAAGGAAAUCUGCUGUGUGUAAACGUUGUGUUGUCCCGAAGUCAAGUCCUACUCCAGGGAAAUGGGUUUUUUUAAGAGAAGGAGAAUUUGAUCCUCGCACUAAAGUGGCAAACUGACCGGUUUAAGAUGUCCGUGGAUAUAACUUUCCUUGGGACAGGCUCCGCGUACCCCUCUCCAACGAGGGGCGCGUCAGCGUUAGUGCUUCGCAGAGAAGGGGAGUGCUGGCUCUUUGACUGCGGAGAGGGAACUCAGACACAGUUUAUGAAAAGCCAUCUGAAAGCAGGUAGAAUUACAAAGAUUUUCAUAACUCAUCUUCAUGGUGACCAUUUUUUUGGACUUCCUGGCCUGCUGUGUACGCUGAGCCUCCAAAGUAGCCCUGACCCAAACAAACCACCCAUUGAUAUUUAUGGACCAUUAGGACUGCAAAACUUCAUAUGGAUGACUAUGGAGCUCUCCCACUCGCAGCUUCUGUUUCCUUACGUUGUUCACGAACUUGUACCUACACGGGACCAGUGUCCUGCAGAAGAGUUUAAAGAACUUCCUUGUCUGACCAGAGAUGAAAUACCUUCAGAGGAGGUGCAACAGAAGAUACUCCACCUGGAUCCUGUAGAAAACUCGUACUUGCUAGUUGAUGAUGAGCAGUUCGUUGUGAAAGCAUUUCGUCUCUUCCACCGCAUUCCUUCAUUUGGCUUUGUCGUGGAAGAGAAGCCACGGACGGGUAAACUCAAUGUACAAAAACUAAAAGACCUUGGAGUUCAGCCUGGUCCUCUAUAUGGAAAACUGAAGAAUGGUAUUACAGUUGUUCUAGAAAAUGGAAUAACUAUUUCUCCUUCGGAUGUCGUAGAAGACCCUAUUCCUGGAAGAAAAAUUUGCAUUUUAGGGGACUGCUCGGGGGUGGUUGGAGAUGCAGCCAUGAAGCUUUGCUAUGAAGCAGAUAUAUUGAUUCAUGAAGCCACGUUGGAUGAUAGCCAAGAGGAAAAGGCCAGAGAGCAUGGUCAUAGCACUCCAAAAAUGGCAUCUGAUUUUGCAAAAUUGUGUAAAGUUAAGAAACUCGUUUUGACUCACUUCAGUCAACGAUAUAAACCAACUGCUCAAAUAGGUGAAGGAGAUACUGACAUAACAGAACUGAAGAGACAGGCAGAGUCAGUGUUAGAUGGUCAAGAAGUAACACUAGCUGAGGAUUUUAUGACAAUAGAAGUUCCAAUGAAAAAGCAAAAAUAGUAGCAUUAACAGGCUCUGCGUGACAAUGUGAAGUAGGCUAGUGUUCAGUGGCACUUAAAACUAGCAGUAGGGUUUCUGGUAUCCAAAUUAGCUCUAUGGUACAUGGAGAACAGUUGCAAACUGGAGAAGGAUGGAGAGAGUACCAGGUACAGUUAUCAUCACUUUUGCACAGAAAGAAAAAAAGACGCUCAGAAAUCUGGAAUUCGGGAUAAAUUCUUCGGUGAUUGCUGCAGACACCUAAGCUGGCCAGAAAUCGGAACGUGCAGGCAUAAACCUUCAGAGCCUAGACAUUUCACUUGCGCUAAAGAAAGAUCCCUAGAACAGACUACUGGAUUAUUCCACUCGAUACGGUCUCCAGGAAGGUUUCUAUUCUACAGCAGAAUUUAAAAUAACUUGCCCCUGUUACAAGCUUUUGAACAACAUCUAUUUCAAACUUGUAUACAGUAUUUUGUAACUAUUUAUCUGAUUUCUAUGUAAGAGGGCUAUUACACUAAAACUAAUAAAGUAUUUAUAACUCCGCCAAAUAUUUGCAACUGGUGGUGUUGCUAUGCUCAAGUUGAGGAGCUUUUACAAAUACUCCCUUUGCAUAUAAAAUUUUCACAUAAAUAACUGUAGUUUAGGCCUCCUGUCGGAGGUGAGUCACUCUUAACAAAUUGAUUCAUUUGAAACUCCAAAGUGUGAGUCCUAGGUUUGCAUACCUGUUCCCUGCAUCACAGAAGUUUUGAAAGUAUGCUCCGGUGCUCUUUAGGCAAAUGAAAAGUAAUCUUUCCUAAUGCGUUCCUCCAAAUGUGUUUUCAAAGGCAGAUUAUUCUGAUGAGAGCGUAUUUCUGCUAGUAGAAAUACACCUACAGGAGGAAUUCCACCUACGUUUAGCUGGAUCUAUUUCUCCAAUGACUUUAUUUGUGCAGUGUAAGUGACCUCCAGGCCAACUUUAAAUCUCUCUCCCCUUCCUCAAAACUAGUUAGAAUUUGGAGUUUCCCACAUUUUAGCUCAAUUUUCUGUUCAAAAAUUAAAUGAGUGCUUUUGAAAAGUCAGUCCUAGAUAUGUUUCCUUUAGCAUGGGUUCCUGAAAGCUGAAAUACUUCAUGGCUUUCUAAUAAACACUGAAAACUUUGGCAGGUGUAAGUGCAGCUGCUAGAGCUUAUGCUUGUGCUUUUGUUGAAUUGAUGCUAAUGCAGAUGGAAAAUGAAUUUGUUUUAAUUUACCAUUUACCUCCCUGCUUUAAAUCUGGAAUAAUGAAGCUAUAAAAGUGAAAACAAUGCCGCUCUUUAAAAAUCUCUCAAUUGUAAAUGAUGUACCACUUUGCACUAUCUGUUCUUACGCAUUGGCAAUCUUGACCCAGACCGAGCUGGUGGAAUGAGAAAGUUAAAUCCUGCGUGUAAUUUACUGUACUCUUCACGUUCUCUUCAGUAAAAGUGUGUGUGGCUGUAACGAAGCAGCAAUUUUUGAAGAAGAAUAAAAGGAGUGUGAUUUCCUA